GUUUUUGAGCUACGUGUGAAAUGGAUCUUUAUGAUUGUAAGAGAUUAUAGCUGCUUAAACGAGGCUUUAACGUUACUACUGUAUAUUAGCAUGGGAACGUAUUAGAGUCGUGUUGCGCGAGUUUACUUCCUGGACACAGGAGUGAUUUUAGUUCCCGUAGGCAUGUCCAGAACAAUCUCUUAUUUUGGUAAUGACAAAAAGAAAAAUAGAGCUUGAUGCUGCUUCUGAUUUUUGUUUUUUUUCCUUGGAAGAAGAUUUGAUAAGUGCAAGUUGGUGUUCCUGUUCUGCUGAUAAAGCAAUUUCCGUGCAGGAGAAUAUGUUUAAAGCUGGAAUUCGGGUUAUGUUGGUGAGGCUGAUAUGACAGAUCCUGUAUUGCAGCACGUACAUUCUAAAGAUGGGAAGUGGCGUUGAAGGUCCACCUGAGCGACGCCAGCACUCACCAGCCGCUCUCCGAUGCCACCGUGGAGGUCUUCGCCAAUCACACCCCUGUCGCUAGGGAGACCUCCGGCAACGACGGGAACAUCUUCGUCAGGUUCCCGUAUCGCCUGGGGGACUUGCUCGUCAUCACAGCUACCAAGCGAGGCUACGUCCCUAACUCCGCCCCUUGGAAACCGACCAGGCUGCCUGUCUUCUCAUCGCUGAGCUUGGAUCUUCUCCCUGAGAGAGCUGCUACUUUGAUGGUGUAUGACGACGAGGUACAAAUCGUCUCUGGAUAUCAAGGAUCGAGGCUUCAGCCGUGGGUUCAGUUCCAGAGGCGAGCUCUAAGUCUUCCUCCUAAUGCUACCUACACCAACCUGACCGCCUUCCUCACUGUGACUCACUCGGGGCAGAACACACAGCACUUCCCGUACCUGCAGGGCCUCGGCUCGAACAGCACAAGCAGCGACCGCAGGUUUGAGCUGACCCCUGUAGCCGCCAUCAGCGUUCACCUUUUAGGCAGCGAUGGGGCAGAGCUUCACGUCAGCGAGCCAAUCAGUGUGAGUUUUCCUCUCCCUGCGAACAGCGGCUUGAAAGAGAAUGACCACAUUCCCGCCUGGAGGUUCGAUCCCAAGCUCGGGGCCUGGUUAAAGAGUAGUUUGGGCUACGUGCAAAGAGAAGGAGGAGGUGAGCUCAUCCUUAACUACAUCGCCCCUCAGCUCGGUUACUGGGUAGCAGCCAUGUCGCCUAUAAACACAGGUCCUGUGGUCGCAAAGGACAUCAGCACAUACCACACUGUGUUCCUUUUGGCCAUCCUGGGAGGCAUGGGUCUCAUCCUGCUCUUCCUCCUCAGUCUGCUGCUCUAUUACUGCAGGAGAAAGUGCUCGCGCUCAAAGCGGGCUCACCAGAAGUACACUCUUACCUCGUCACUGGACAGCUCCAAACGAGACCAAGCCACAUCCAUGUCCCACCUCAACCUCAUCAACGAAAUCCAGCUAGACCAUGUAGGGGUGGAACCAGACCUGCAAACACCCAUGCUGAACAUCGUCCCUCAUGACUCCUCCACCAAUGAGCUGGUGUCAUCUCGGAACGAACUCGGGAGUCGCUCCCACUGCGAAUAUCGUCGCAGCUACACCUCUGCCGUGUCCUCGGCUGUCCAUCCUCUACACGCAUCUGCAUCGUCUUCAUCCCCGUAUCCGCUGCACCACGCUGCCUCAGCUGGCCGCUUGUCCUCAGAGAGCAAGGCCAGUCCACGCGAGCUCCGCCUUUCUCCUUCCACGACUUCACCCACAGCUUCUCCAGAGAGGGAUCUGGGGUCGGAGCAUCGUCCAUCAGACUUCCUUCUCUCACGGUCAGUAGAUCAACUUGAACGCCCCCCGGGCCUUCUGCCCCGCCCCGGGGCACUGCUCUGCUGCAUGUCGGAGCUUCAGGUAAGCCAGGGCGGAGCAGGAUAUCAGAAAGGACGUCCCACUUUACUAAUCCCCGCCCAUUACAUGCGGCUGCCUGGGACGCACCCUCUCUCAGGACAAGCGCUUCUGCUCCAGUCAGAUGAGCGGAGCGAGCUCGAGAGCAUCCGAGCAGAGCUUAACGCAUCCCAUCAGCCUCAAGCUGAAGUAGGGCAAGUGAACAACUUGGGCAAAGUGAAGGAGGAGGAGGGGAAAGUAGGAGCGAGGGAGCCAACAGGAGGGACAGUGGGUGAUUGGAAGGCAGCUCUCCCUGAAGCCUUGUCUAUUCCCAACUCUUUAAGUGAGGCAGCUCUUGGGGUGGUACAGAUGAAUGGAGAAGAUCAGCUACUAGCUGAGAAGACGUUAAUGGAACUGAGGGGAGGAAAGCCCCUCCCACAUCCCCGCGCCUGGUUUGUGUCACUGGACGGCCGCUCGAAUGCGCACAUCCGCCAUUCCUACAUCGAUCUGCAGAGGGCAGCACAUGGUGCCAGUUCUGUUGGCAGCAACGAUGCCAGUCUGGACUCAGGUGUAGAUGUGAGUGAUGUCACACCAGGCCGCAAGGCCAAAAGUAAGGAAAAAGCCCGGGUUAUGCCACCCACUGUUGCGUGCACAUCGCUGGUAUUUGUGGAGGGGGCUAAGGCUAAUGCUGAUGUUAACGCUCAUUCAGAACCUGAUGAGAGUGAGAGCCCAACUCCUGCCUGCAGCCCAGAAGAAAACUCGCUCAGGCCCUUGUUGCCCAAAGCUGAGAUCGAGGAAGAGACUAUAAUGCUGCCUUCACCUCCACUGCUUCCCACUCCUCCGCUCCCAUCACCUCCUCCGCUCCCUGAUCUCACCGUGGAGGUGGAAGAUGAAUCAAGAGGGGACAAGGAACAGAUACUGAGGACUGAGCGUGCCCAAACAAACCUUAAGCUUUCCUCGAGCAACAGCGCCCCGGAUGGUUUGGCUGCUCCUGAGGACAGCGACGAGAACAAGAAGAGUCCGUGGCAGAAGCGAGAGGAGAGGCCACUGCUUGCCUUUAACCUCAAAUGACCCCUGACGUUUGGCCUUUUUACCUGUGGAUUUGCCUUGUGGCUAAAGGAUUUGGGGGUCUGCCUUUUACGUUACUUGUAAAAGCGAAAAGCCGAAGCGACCGAAAUCAAUAAUAGCUUCCGGGAACUUGCUUGUGUGUGUGAACGAAAAAGCACUGCGCUAAACACGUAUAUGCACAACAGCUAUGCCUUUUUAAAGAAACUGCAAACGAAAGCCAUUGUAUGAAGGUGAGAUGUUUAGCUUUAUGAACUGCUGCUGGUGUUCAGGUAAGCAAUAGGAUCUUCAACUGGCAGCAUACGGCACUGAACGCUGCGUCUUGUCCACAGUAAAUGUUUAAUCACGGGUUCGUCCACCUUGUCCCAGCACUUAGCUGAACGAAAUCACUCGUUUGUGGAUUAGCAGAAAGUCUUCCUUAAACGAAACUAAGAAUGAAAAUCGAGUCUGUCAAGAUUUUGCGUCUGUGGUUUCAGCCUCUCAAGCGAGUGUUUGCUUUUUUUUAUGCAUCAGAGGCGAGUUUUGAAUCUCGAGUGAUGAUUAAAUGCAGUAUUUCCUCCUCAGUAUGAUAAUCAAGUCUGUGUAUAAUCUGUAGCAUCUGUGAACUUCCUGUUGUGCUCCACACUCGAGACUAAAGACGCACAGCUAUGCAUUAUGUUAACUUUAGUUAAAUUGUCUUUUUUUUUUUGGCUUUAUAAUUUGCAAUUGUAUUAUGUGUGUUUUUUAUUGUAAUCACUUUUUUUCGCAGCUUAAGUGAACGUUUUAUUCAGUUAUUCAGUUAUUGUCUUUUGCUUGUCUCAUACACACAAAUUGCUCUGUCUGUCUGAAGUGCCUACGUAGCAGCUGGGUUCAUUUACAAUCCUCGCAUCUUUUCGGAGAUCCUGUCAAAUAUCUAUGCUCUGCCUUUUUUUAAUGUCAUGCAGAAAACUUGUUUGUAUGUCAAUACAGUGUGUGUGUACGUGUACAGUGUGUACAGUGUAUGUAUGAUGCUUCUCUACUGUGUAUUUCUCUAUCUGUGGAGAACAAUUUUGGGAGUUGAAUCAAAUAUGCGUGAAUGUGCGUGAAUCAAUAUGCUACACUUGUUUGCAGUUGUCAAUCUUUGGCCAAAUGCGUGUUUGUGUGUGUGACAUUGUAUGAAUAUAAAAGUUGUUCUUGAUGCCCUUAAGAACUUUGACCUAAUCACAUUGCAAUCUAUCCACAACAAACCUCUUUUUGAAUGUCUGGACUGAUCACUUGUGAUAUGAAUGAGUCCAAUUAUCCACAUUUUUGUUUUUAAUCCAAUUUUAAUUAAAGCAUCUUAUUAUUUUGAGAAUCA